ACAGUAACAAUGCGUACUCCUUUGACUAUCCAACUACACUAAUCAUUUUCAGCAGCAUGGGGAUUGUGUGUUUAGGGACGGUCAUAACAUCAGAACAAGCAGCCAAGAGACUUGUGCCCACGACUCCCAACCAGUGGCGAACUUUAUUGUUAGGAUGACAUCAUUCUACAGCACCGAUGCAGGAGCUAUAUUUAAAGUACCAAUCGGAUGGCGGGACUCGAGUCAGGUGCUUUGCAGCAAGGGUUACACGGUGCCUGUGUAACAGAACCCACUAGUGCCGCAGAAAAAGAGGGAAAAUCGGCGUGACUGCAGUUCGCAGCGCGGUAACGGUGACGGUGUAACCCUGAAUGAAUGAAUGAGUGAAUGAAUGAAAGAUCGGUUCCUAGCGCAAGGACGGGAAAUUCAUGAAUGAGCGUGAACAACAUUCGGCGAGCGGGACAGCUGGAAGGAGCGCGGACUGCAAGUGAAUACUAAUAAAAGACGUGUCGAAAACGAAGAGGGUCGGAUUGUACUGUAAAUUGAGCACAAAAGCGACAUGUGAAUACCGGACGACUCGCAUUGCAAAAUAAUCAUGGGACGAGUGGGAGAAGGCCACAUUACACUUUAGCUCAUUUUACUGUUCAUUUGUGGAGAUUUAACCGGAUCGACGUGUCCUGUGUCCCAGUGCACCGGUGUGAUUUGAGGAGAGUGCUAAAUCGCUGUCUGCGAGGAUCAGAUAUUAAUUCAAAGGCAAUCUUCUGCUGAAAGGACUCGACAUUUUUUCCUUCUUUUUUCUGUCAUAAAGAAGACACUCUUGCUUACAAAAGGAGAGGCAGUAACAACUACGUUUAUAUCAUACACUCUUUACUAUGUUGUGACAUCAUGUUUGUAUGAAUCGAAGAAAGAAAAAUCGCUGCUUUUGAAAUACAGUACUAGUGCGAUAUCCAUUUAAAGGUGCGCUUAUUAAACAACAUUAUCUGCGCACUUUAUUUAGUUCAGACAACCAGAGCCACAAAUCUUCAGAUGUUAGUUUCGAUUUUGUAAUGGUGUUUGUUUUGAUUCCGAGGUUUUCUUUUCUUCCCGUGGGAAAUACAGUGUCAUUGAACAGUGUCCUUGAUUCUAACAGUAGCGGACCCUUCUGAUUUACUGACACCACGGCUCAAUGUAUAAGGUACAAUUCCGGUUUGGGAAAUGGGGGGCGAAACUAGGAAAUGAAAGUGCCCCGGCAGUUGUAUUAUUGCUUAAGUAUAAACGUACAAAUCUGUACCCUUGAUUACUAGCAAUCAUUUGAAAACCAUCGCUUUGUUAAGUAUUUUCAGAAUAACAGACAUAAUUACCUUUGUGGACUGAAGAUAUUAAAUAAAGAUGUAAAUAUCCACUACUAUCUAUCUACACUCUCAAAAGGUUAAGGUACUAGAGACUGCACGGUUUAAUGCUAGCUCAUCUUUCUUUGCCUUAUCUUUUCGCUAAGGGAAAAGACCUGUGCGCGCAGAAGACAAUAGAGCCGUUUAACAGAAGGCGGUCGCAUUCUGCGAGCUCCUGCCUUUCUCUCCUUCCACAUUAAAACAAGGAAGUAUACGACUGGACGAAGCGAUCUGGGCCUCUGUGGUGGUGCUAACUGGCCCUCCUUGACCGGCGAACUGCACGAUGCUCAGAUAAGAGUGCUUUCCAAUCAGAUUGUUCCAAGCAGCUCCGUCUGAUUAGAGGAUUCCUUUCAGUGUACCGACCUACUCGUUUAUAAAUGCGCAGCCACUUCCCACUAGAGCAUCUCAUCAUCUUCGCAUCAUCUUCGUUAAUGCAAUCAUAAAUCCCAGCGAUCAUUUAUACCUGCCGGAUUUUGCCGUCCUUUGCUUUAGUAUCUCUAAUCUGGUGUUUUAAAAACUGGAACUUUAUUGCAAAGCAAAUAAAUAAAUAAAUAAAUAGUAAAGUGUUUCGGUUAUACUCUUUUCUAAACGAAGGCAAAGUUUGCCUUUGAAUAUAUAUAUAUAUUUUUUUUUGCAUUGCACAUAGGCCGAUCGCCCAAUGUUAUGUGUCACCCAGUAAUAUAUGAAAUGGCCGCAGGUAGGUGGCACACGGGUCAGACUCAGUCAGUUACAGAUGUGAAAAGGGCUCUCUAUUGUGUUUAAUCGGCAAAUCGGAGCACGGACAAAAAACUCCUUUUGCGCGAGCUUCCCCGCUUCUUUUUAGUGAACGAACUCUGACUGUGCAAAAUAAUAGAAGAUGACGGACGUUUCUGUACUUAAAUUGAUCACAUCGGUUAUGAACUAAGAUGUUUUCAGAAGCUACUGCAGGGGUGUCCUGGCCAGCUUGAUCCACCAGAGUGUGCAACCCGAACCGCCAAAGUUCGGCAAUAACAGGUGCCGGCUGGAUACCAUCCUUCAGCACUGUAUUUGGAAACAUUUAAAACGCAGCAACCAGUUUCAAGUGUGGAACUCAGGAUAUCCCACGUCUUCUUCUUUAAUUAAGAAACUCAAAUUAAAAAGACUUGUAUGGCAAAGUCACACCGUUUUUGUCGCUUCUGAUUCCGGAUGGACUUCUAAUAUUAAGAGUAAGACAAAAAGGAGCGAUUGUUUCUGAGGGUCACUUCUCUUGCCAGCUUUUUGAGACAUUCGCGGGUGGCAAUGGAAACCACGAAGCUACCCCCCUCCAGCCCCUCAUCCCCCAAUACAAGCUUUUCUGUUCCGAGUGCCGAGAAGGUGGAUGGCUUCCCACGGCGGUCCAUGCGCCGAGCCAGACAGCGCCGAUCCCACAGCUCAUCUCAGUUUCGGUAUCAGAGUUCGCAGGUGGAGCUCACCGCCCUGCCCCUCCUGAAAGAUGCCCCAGUAUCAGAGCUACAUGACUUAUUCUGCAAAAAGCUACAGCAGUGCUGUGUGCUUUUUGACUUCCUUGACUGUGUAGCAGACUUAAAAGGAAAGGAGAUCAAACGGGGAGCCCUCAAUGAGCUGGUGGACUGCAUAGCUACGAACAGAGGGGUCUUGAUUGAGCCCGUCUACCCCGAGGCAAUCAAGAUGAUUUCAGUUAAUAUCUUUCGGACGUUACCACCAAGUGAAAAUCCAGAAUUUGAUCCUGAAGAGGAUGAGCCAACACUAGAAGCAUCCUGGCCCCACCUUCAGCUUGUCUAUGAAUUCUUCUUGAGAUAUCUGGAGAGUCCUGACUUCCAGCCAUCGGUAGCUAAGAGGUACAUUGAUCAGAAGUUUGUUUUACAGUUACUGGAGCUUUUUGACAGCGAGGACCCUCGAGAGAGAGAGUACCUUAAGACCAUCCUACAUCGGGUCUAUGGAAAGUUCUUAGGCCUGAGAGCCUAUAUUCGUAAACAGAUAAAUAACAUCUUUCUAAGGUUUAUCUAUGAGACGGAACACUUCAACGGUGUAGCAGAACUUUUGGAAAUACUUGGAAGUAUCAUCAAUGGCUUUGCCCUUCCCCUGAAGUCAGAGCACAAGCAGUUUCUGGUACGAGUCCUCAUUCCCCUGCACACAGCCAAAUCUUUGUCAAUAUUCCACGCUCAGCUGGCUUACUGUGUGGUGCAGUUCAUGGAGAAGGAUGCAACGGUAACAGAAUAUAUUAUCCGAGGAUUGUUAAAAUAUUGGCCCAAAACCUGUACCCAGAAAGAGGUGAUGUUUUUGGGAGAAAUUGAGGAAAUACUGGAUGUUAUUGAACCAUCUCAGUUUGUGAAAAUUCAGGAGUCUCUCUUUAAACAAAUAGCAAACUGUAUCUCUAGCCCUCAUUUUCAGGUUGCAGAGCGGGCUCUGUACUUCUGGAACAAUGAAUACAUCUUGAGUCUGAUUGAAGACAACUGCCAUGUUAUCUUGCCAAUCAUCUUUGGCACAUUGUACCGUGUCUCUAAAGAACACUGGAACCAGACUAUUGUCUCUCUGAUCUAUAACGUCCUGAAGACCUUCAUGGAAAUGAACAGCAAGUUAUUUGACGAUCUUACUGCAUCUUAUAAAGUAGAGAAGCAGAAGGAGCUGAAAAAGGAGAAGGAGCGCCAGAUCUUAUGGAUGAGACUAGAGAAGCUUCAGACCUUGGGCGAGGCACAGAUGAACCAACUGAACCUGCAAAUCAGUCAAAACAGUCAAAACAAUGGACAAAACAGUAAAAGUCCAAUGUGAUCUACCAGCCCUGGGACUUCCCUAGCCAUAAGGGACCCAUUUGAAACCGUUCAUUAAGAUGUUAAGUAUGUUGCUAUCCAUGAAAAGAGGCUGUUGCUCUUAUGGUACCUUACUAGCAGCUACAUUGAUUUCACCCCCUCCUCUGUUUCAAGGUGAUUUGGGCCUGCCUUAGCCAUUGUACCUGAGUAGUGGCCAGACGAGGGGCGAUUCAAUAUUCCUGCUCAUUAGAUUAUUAAUUAACAAAAUAAUGUUUUAAAACCAUGGUUUUCUGAGCCAGCCACCAAGGAUUUGCAACGGGGCGAGUUUAUCACUGCAGUCACAUGGUCCUCCUUCAUUAUAGUGUGCUUUCCAGCAGCACCAACAAUCCCUUCCUCCCAUGGUGUUUUCAGAGAAAGUCCAGAGCCCAGGACUCUACAAGUCUGGAAAUGGUGCACAGAGACAUGUGCAGCCUGAUAUCUCAUGAUAUAAGUACAAGACCCCCCAAUCACUUGGAAUCUAACGGCUAAAUUCUGCCCUUGAGUGGAGGUGAUCCACCUGUCAACUGAAUGACAUGUUCAUCAGAUAGGCUUGCACUCUUGUUAGAGUAAUUCAUGGUGACAGAAUUGCAAUGCCACUGUAGGAUGUUAAAAAUGUGAAAAUAUGAUUUGUUGUGGAGUUCUGUUCUUGUAACAUAAUUAUGGUAGUUUUUUUUUCCAUCAGGCAGACUUGAAAUGUCCUUUAGCUUUGGAAAAUCAAAGCAAACAUAUCUAAAUGGCCUAAAAUGUCUUGCAAUACAGAUUCAGCUUAGCUCUAGUAAUAAUAUAGGCCUUUUCACUUUUAUGUCAUUAGAAAUAUUACUUUCAAGGCUAUUUCCAUCCUCUUCUUAUCAGAGAGUUUUGCUUCCAUGCAGUACCAAAAAUGAUUGGAUUAGUAUAAUCCAUAUUCUUCACAUUGCCAUCAUUUUUAUGAAACCAUAUAAGGUUCAAUUUCAAAUGUAAUUAUUUAAUCUCUCUUCAUUUUACUUGAAGCUGACUUACAAUAAAUACAUGAGUCAAAGGGAAAGCAACUGCAUCAGUCCAAAACAUAACGGGAUUUCUGCCAUGAUGAUGAAUCCAUGAGUGAAACCAGGCCCAGCAAAGCCAAAGUUCAGUACUUUCCUCCAUGCAGUAUCCUUAGCCUAAAAAAAGCUUGAAAUGACCGGUGGUGUUAAAAUCCCUUCAGGUUGUCUUAAGUUUGACUCAAUAGGAAAGUCAUGGACACAGACACCAAAAGUGGUAUUUUAUCAGACUUUCUUAUCAUCAAUAUUAGAUUUGCUGUUUCUUUCUGAAAAAAAAUAACACUUGAUGGUCUUCACUUAUUGCCUGUGACACACUACACCACCCAGUUAGCCCACAGAAUAAAUCUGAGUAACAGGAACAAUAAGUCCUCUGUGGCAACUGUACUGAUCAGACACCCACGGCUUAGUUACUCAUCAGAUUUCUAAAGCUAUCUGUGUCGGCAUUGUCUGCAUGGCUCAUCUUAAAAAAAAUAAAAACUGUGUUCUGUUUUGGGAAGCUCCCUGCUCUCCUUAGUAAAUAAUACUCUGAAAAGGACAUCUAAUAGUCUGAUUUCUUUUUUGUGUUACGUGACUUAUCCAAUCAGUAAGAGUAGUAAGAUGUCUCCUACCUUUAUCAUCAGCAUAUCUGACUCCAUGUGCAAGGUAACAUCAUGGCAGUGCUUGUUUUGCUCUUAGGCACUUCACCACUGGAACACAAAUUUAAGACUCCCGUACCCCGUAGAGCAAGGCAAGCCUCACAGCUAGUCACACUAACCAGGACAUGCACAAUCUAGCAGUACACAUGUCUGUUAAUAACAGUUUUGGCACCCUUGCACCUAAUCACUCCAUCACCAUGGUACAACCAGGAGCGUGUAAGGUAUUCACCCAUUCUGUUGCAAUUGGAUAUAUCAGAAUUACUCCAGAAGAUGUAACAGUUGCAUCUCACUCUAAAUUGCUCUGCCUUUGGGAUGCAGUCAGUCUACUAUAUAUGAGAAUUACAUUCACCCACAUGACUCUUUGAGCAUUUCACUGCAGGUCACUUCAUUAAAGACGCAUACAAAUGAGCCCUCUACCACUCUUUCUACUGGACUUAGUACCUCAUUGCUCUACACUAAUCAUCACUCUCCUCACUUGUCAAAGGGUAGAAAGCACUUAUACUACAGUAUCAAGCUCACCCCUCCACCUUUCUGAGCUUAUUGUCAAAAAGAAAAGCUCAGGGUCCCGCAAGAUUAUAGACUCCUCCCAAUACAUUGCUACCACCUCCUAUAAACUUUGAAAUACCAAAAAAUAAACGCUGCUCUGGCAAUAUCACUAGUGGGGGCUUGAGUCACUCACGUGCACUCUUCUUCAUAGUGAAUUGAUUAUCUAGAGUUUUUAGGCAGGGUGUCGUGUUUUUAGUGGUGGAAUUUUCUGGAAAAGGUUGUCAAAUGCAGUUUUCAGCCACAGAGCCAAAUGUAGUAAGAUGUAAUAUUCUGGCAAUAUGAUUCUUUUUAAAAACUACCAUAAGUUCUUUAGUUCCAGACAUUCAAGGCUUGUUUUGCAGGCUUCUCUGAGUUCUCCUCAUUUUAGCGCUUAAUGCCUUGAGAUUGGCAAAUGUAAAUGCUUUAUAGCCUGAUAGUUGAUUGUUUCAUUUUUUCCAUGCUGUUUAGCGUUUGCUCAUCUACAGCCCCCUGUAGGGACAGUAAGCGAGAGUGUAGCCUUCCAGUAAAAGUUACAUCAUUCUGUAACAAUUUCUUGUCAUCCACUGUGUGUUAUUAAAAGGCUUGGACGAUGAAGGCUAAAGACGCAUACUGGGCGUUGGAGUUAGAAUUCUACGAUGUGCAGCAACAAGCCAGCGUGGUGCCAAAGAUAACACUCUUGAUCUUGGCAUACUCAGUACAUCCAUACCAUUUCCCAAGCCCACUUUAUCCUGAGCAGGGUCACAGAUACUCAGAUAUGCAAAAAGCUAACCUUCACGAUGUCCAGAAAAUACCAGCUGUACCAUAUGCCGUUUUGCUCUGAUAUCUAAGCUCUCAGACCAGAAUAUGUGUAACUUCUGGUCAAAAGUAUGCAGUAUGGUGGUUCAUUCCAGCAUCAGUGCUGUACGUUCAAAAAUCUGACAAGCACAGACUCCAUUAAGCGGGAAUAGGCAUGAGAUAUCCCCAUUAAGAGCAUAGCUGAAAUAAACUGAUAAUCAUUCCAGAACUAUUGGGUUGUCAUCAUUUCCCAUAUCCAACCAAGCCAGUAAGAUGCUGCUUACUCUCCAUGGAGGACAUGCAAAACCAUCUACACAAUGUCAAAUGCACUGAUACAGAGGUAUGGAUAGAGAUUAUUGUGACACCAAAACAAUCAACAUUUACAAAGCAGGGCUGAGCACGUUGUCGCACCACUCUUUGUAAUGAGGUGCUAUACUGUAUUUAUUUAUUAUGUUAUUAUUUUUUAUGUUUUUGGAGCAUAAGCCAGUCAUUAAAUACUCAGUUAACUUAUUUCAGCACAGUAAAUGAUCAUGAUAAAAUGGAGUGAUUUGACAUUGGGGAAAAGGUUUAUGUGCACUUUUAUCAAAAAAAGAUAUCAGUGACACAAAAGAAUAAAGUGAAGAGUUCAGUCUUAUAAACAUACAUAGAUAUUAAGUCUUAUAUUACAGCAAUAUCUCUUCAUUAUCAGGUAUAUUCUUGUAUAUCAUUCUAGCUUCACUUGGAACAGGUUUCAUUUGUGAAUUUAGUGCAGCUCAUCCACUACCCUAUGGCUUGGUGCUUAACAGUUCACAACAUGUUGAGACUUUUGCAGUAAUUUCUACGUUGUAAAUUUGCAAUAAUUGUGUUUUCAUUACAUGCUACGUUAAAAUUGUUUUUGUGCAGUGUUCCUCAACCUUUUUGGUGUUGUGACCUACAGGGGGGUAGGUCAAUGGAUGGCCUCCCUUGGCGGGCACAUUUGAUGAGUUGACUCAACCGCUUAAUCGAGUGUGAUCAUUGGAGCAGCAGCCCACCAUGACCCACUAUCAUUAUGAACGAUAGCAGCUUACGAUUUACCAAUCGUUGGCAACCUGUACCUCAGUGAGUCACAACCUAUUGGGUUGAGAAAUACUGGUUUAGCAGACCAACAAGCUAACUGUAAUGCCUCCAUCUUACUUUUUUCUGCUUUUAAAUUGAGCAACUGUAUGUCCCAAGAUAGAGGUGUUGACAUUAUGCUGCACCCAGUUUGCUAAUACAUGUGCGUUGUUGAUCUGCUUACCAUCCGUUCGUUUCAGGCUAAGCUGGUAUUUUAAUUUAAAAUCUCCAAUCUUUCAUUACUAGCAAAUUGCAAUUCUAAAUUGUUUUCUUGACAUCCACUUCAUUAAACUCUUAUUUGCAUAAUGUUUUUCAUGGUUAUGCCUGUUGCAGGUUUUAUGUGUCACAUUUUGCUGUAAGGGGUAUGAAGCAGUUGUAGGAACACCCAUCCAUCUUUGCCCAAGGUUUUAUAACUGUUAUCACAAUAUGGUGAUUGCUUGUUUAUUAGACCAGUUCAUUGUGAUUAAGAACAUAAAGAAGCAGCAGAUUUUGUUCUGUGUGUUUGUGGGUGUUUUGUUUAAUAUUCUACAAACAGAUUUAUUCCCUUAAUGAGUGGAAAAGAUUGAUCCAAAUGCAAAAAAAAAAAAAAAAAAUCAGAAAUGAUUGGAUUCAAUUUUCCUGAUGAAAAUAAAAAUCAUGUAUUAUCUGGUUAAAAACAUAAAGUUCAUAUCCUGAAAUAUCUUUAAACAGUUAUCCUUGCCCAUCCUCACAAUGCAGAUCCAGAUUUCUCCCGCUAACUAAUAUUGUUUUUUAUUAAACUCUUUCUGCCUGCUUUAUAGUGAUAAAAGAUGCCUUUAUUCUUCUUCAACAACUAAACAUAAUAAUAUCCACUUACACAAGGGAAAGAAAGAUUCUUGUGUAACAGCCCCCCAUUUUAUCUAAGACAGGUGCUUUUUAUCAAGUGUAUCAGUCAGGUGUUUUUAUCUUUUUAUCACGUCAACUACUUUUUAAAGUAUUUUUAUAUACACUUGUUUUGUGAAUUCCACUGCAAAACAUGCACAUUGUACAGUACAACUCAAUUCUACAGUGGUUAAUAUUUUAGUAAUAUUUCUUGAAAAUCUGGCGAAGAAACUAUUGUAUUAUUUAAGAGAAUGUUGGUCAUUGGGAACUUCUAGUUUCAGACCAGGUUAUCUCUAAAUGAUCUUAUAUUCUUACUGUAUAUGACUUAUAAUGUAUGAUUACAAAUUGAUCCCCUUAAUGUUGACCAUUUUAAAAAGUGAAUUUGGGUGACGUACUCUGAUAAAAUAUCUGGAAAGCAGUACUUCAAAAUCAGGUUCAGAGAAGCUGGUUUUAGAGGUAAUCAAUGAAUAUUUAUUUUAUGUAGCAGCUUUUAAAGAAUGCACCAUACAUUUGAAAAGCACACACACUGUUUAAAGCAUGUAAAACAAAAGCAAUUUAAAUAUGUGACAGGUCACAUGAAAGUAAUCAAACCCAUUUCUAGACGGGUAAACCAGUGAGAAGCGUGUACAUUGGAGCUGCGUGGGUGAAGAAAUAAGGAGAAAUUAACUAUGACAGCAAGAAGAAAGACGAAACUAACUAAAGACAGACAAAAGUAAUGAUGUGUCCAAAUAGUUACACCAUAAGCUGUAGCCAAUGGUGAACACAUUUCCUGAAGCCACUUUGGAAGAAUAUCACACUUUCUAUUCGCAAACAGGUUUUCACAUUCAAUUUCAAUUCUUUAUUUAAAGCACAUUGAUGUUUUUUCUUCAUUUUUGGAAAAAUAAUGGGCAUUGCAUUGUGCAGAUUCCAGACUAGAAUAUAUGGCAGAUAUGGAGCUAUGAUGAAAUCCAUCUUUUCAGUAGCAUCCAUGGUGGCUUGGCCUAGCAUUGCCAUCUUGCAUCACAAAAUUCUCCCUGUGGCCCUAAACUUACAUUCAAGAAUACCAUUAGAGUGUUUACAAAUAUCGGUUUUGUUGAACUGAUUUUUUUCUUAAGUUGUUCAUCCACCCAUUUCCCUUUGAAGCUUAUUCACUGCUGUCAUACAAGGCAGCUUGUGCUCAUGGAAGUACAUGCAUUGCCGUCAACCAUUUGCAUGGAGUACCUUUGCUAAAAUUGACUGCACUUGCGUUCAUGUCACAAAAAACAGCAAAAUUUACCUUCGACUGAAGUACAAGCAGAGAGUCUACAGCACAUAUCAUGACUAAUUGUGCGACUGUGCUGCCAUCUGUUGACUAUUUAUAAAGGUGGAGGAAAUACUUUUCAUUUAACUCUUGCAUACAUGACCAUUAUAAUUACAAGUACAAGUAAUCGUCCUCCUGACUGCCAUAUUUGACAUGAAGAAAAGUGGAAAGUACCUUCAAUUUUCAUUUCACAUGCUACUAACAAAUGGUAAAAGUGCAUAAGCAGGACAUUAACUCUCUUUCUCUUGUUCACUUAUCAGAUUCGUUUGAUUUCUGUGCCACAGCAUAUCAUCUGGAUAUUCUUGAAUGACACUUACAUGAGGCUUCUACAUUUAACUGGCAGCAUGAGGUUCUCUUCUAGCUACGAUUAGACUUCUGAAAUAGAUUUAGAACACUUUAUAAUGCUAGCAUAGCACAUGGGACAGCAACACUCAAGGGAUACCCGCUACCCUUCAAGGAGUAUACUUUAUAGGUUAUGUGUGUACAUGAUAAGUAUAGUUCAGUAAAUUUGUCCAUACUCCUGUAGAACACACAUAGUGGAGGUGGCCCCUUUAGGAAUUUAACAAUUCACUGCACACAACAGCUAAACUGGCCUACAGUAAACAAAGCUCCAAAAGGAAAUAGGAGACCACCAUCAUUAAAUAGGGUCCCACCAUCAUUAAUGCAUAGUGUGUAAUUUAUCCAAAAAGCCAUUACCAUAACUAAUUGGGUCAGGUAGUGGAUGAGGCAUGUUGCUAAUUUUUCUUUGAAAUGAAUUAGCAUUGCAACUGUCAUGUUCUCCCAAGUCUUUUUCAAGAUCAUGUUUGAAGGUAAUACAAACCGAGUACUUGUUAUUCCCUCAUUAAAAAUAUUGUUGUCUCGUAUGUUUUGGUUUAGUUCAGUAGAAAAGGAAAUGAUAUAUAUGACCUGUUGCUGUGACUUUUAAUUUCACUAGUGUGAUCGGCUGGCAUCCUGUGUAGGGUCCAUUUUUGUCAAUGUCUAGUGGUCAUUGUUGAUAGGUUACGCUCCAGCCUCCUGUGGCCCUGACAAAGAUAAAGCAGGUUUGAGACUGUCAGGUUAUGACUUUGCAGAUAUGUUUGCAGAAAUAGCUGCUCUGUCUUGUGUUAAAUGUUACGCUAGAGGGAUACGGAGGGUGCUCCAUUGACGUCUUCCAGUUUUACUAGAUAAAAGAACUGAAUUGUGGCUCACUGUAAGACCUUACUUCUUUUAGGUGAGUCUCGCUGCUGGAAAUGCUGGAACGGAUAACAAGUACACCAACGCAAGCAAAUUUAAUGUCACUCUUAUCACUUUAUUAAGACUGCUUUUUCCUUUCACUGUCUUCUAUUUAUUUGUUUCCACUCAUUUUGGGACCAAAAUAUGAAGAAACAAAUAAGGGGUUAUUUGUUUCUACUGGCUGCUGUCUGCAUAACUGAAUUGAGCUGUAAUAUUAUUCUGUCCUUUGAAGGAAAUAUCUGAUGAAUUGUAUCUGCAGAAAAUCCCCAUCGCAUCUGUUGUUUGUUGUAUGCUUUAUAUGAUUUUAUAAUAAACCAUGUAACCAAAAUACUAAUAGGAUUGCCUUGUUUUCCAAACAGCAGUAGCUGCCAGUUUGUAAAUGCUCAAUUUUUUCUUCUUUUCUACACAAUUUGUAGCCAUUUUGGAGACGAUCUCUCUUAUAGUGCAAUGCAGUAUACAGUUCCAGACAUUUUUGUAUUUUUUGUUUUGUUUAGAGACAGUUAUCUUAUCUGUUAUAAGUUUCAAUCUUGUUCUGCUAGUGUGAAAGUUCUCUGUUCCUCACUGUUAGAUUCAGUAUAUUGAGUAUCUGUCACAUGUAGACAUGUACAAGCACGGAAUACGAAAUACAUGUAUUUUCCAGGUAGGUUGAGAAACUAUUUUAUUGUCAAGUUCAGCUUGGUUUAGGAACAUACCUGAUAAGUAAGAUUAAGAGUAUGGAUUCAUCUUAAAAGAUAAUAAAUAUUAUUAAACAAAAUAAGUUAUGA